UGCACUCGAUCGAAGUGCCCGCCGCCGUGGUCUGUGGAUGUCGUACUCUUGGACUUUCCUGUGGCCUCGCGUUGACACGAGUCAGAGCGCACACGUUUAAACUGUAAAACGCCAUGGCGCAAGUCACUGCCACCAGUCCACCAUGGACGGCAUCACAGUCCUGGACCCCCACCCCCCACGUUCUUGCUCCUACAACAAAUUGUUUCAUGCCAAGCCCUGACACCAACUGACUGGGUCACUGGUCACGCGGGAGUCUUUGACUGAGCAGGCUGAGCUCCUGCCGCCGUAAUCGUACACGUUUCACCAGUUCACCUGAUCCCCUGCUUUGGUUGGUUGCUCUAAUGCAAUUCUCGCCAUGGAUCCGGACACCGACGUCGACUUCGACUUCUCGCCCUUCCUCGUCCGCUACAAGAGCGGCCGCGUCCACCGUCUCAUGGGAGCGCCGCGAUUCAACGCCGGCACGGACGCGGCCACCGGCGUCACCUGCAAGGACAUCGUCAUGGAUGCCGCCGACGCCGCCUGCGGCAUCGCCGCGCGGCUCUACCUGCCCAAGGACGUCCCGAGGUCAGCGAAAGUCCCGAUCCUCGUCUACUUCCACGGCGGCGCCUUCGCGGUCCACUCGGCCUUCUCCGCCGCGCCGCACCACCGCUUCCUCAACUCCCUCGUGGCCGCGGCCGGCGUCGUCGCGGUGUCCGUCGACUACCGCCUCGCGCCCGAGCACCCGCUCCCCGCCGCCUACGACGACGCGUGGGCCGCGCUCGCCUGGACCCUGACGUCCGGGCUGCGGAAGGAACCCUGGCUGGCCGAGCACGGCGACGCCGCGCGCGUCUUCGUCGCGGGCGACAGCGCCGGCGCCAACAUCGCGCAAAACGUGGCAAUGAGGGCCGGCGGCUGGAACACCACGGGCGGGAAGCUGCUGCCAAUUCCAGGCAGCGCGCGGAUCGAAGGGCUUGUGCUCCUGCACCCGUACUUCCGCGGCAAGGAUCCCCUGCCAUCAGAGAGCAGGAAUAACCCCGGGUUCUUGCAGAGGGCAGAGAGGUCGUGGGGGUUCGUGUGCUCGUGGAGGUACGGGAUUGAUCACCCGUUCAUAAACCCUCUGGCGAUGCCGGCGGAGGAGUGGGCGGCGCUGGGCUGCCGGCGAGCUCUGGUCACAGCCGCGGGGCUCGACACGAUGAGGGACAGAGCCCGGAGGUACGUGGAGACGCUGAGGGGAUCGGGCGAGUGGGCAGGGGAGGAGGCGGCGUUGUACGAGACUGACGGCGAGGGGCAUGUCUACUUCCUCGAGAAUUCCGGCCCGGGGGCGGACAAGGCGCAGAAGGAAUUGGACGCCGUCGUUUUGUUCAUCAAGCGAAGCUAGGUAGGAAACUGGGAUUCAUCUGCAGCCAUUGUGAAAGACAAAUUAGAUGGAGUAAUAGGGAAGGGCAUUACAGACUUUUCAUAUUUGUAAUUUUGUUUUAAAAUUGGAUCUCGACCAGUGAUUUUGCUGCGCCGCCGCGGCCUCCAUCCAACAAGCCGGCCGACGCGCCCUCCUUGGUACCUGCCGCCGCAGUCCUCGCAGCGAGCCGCGGUGCCCUCCUCGCUGCCCGCCGCGGACGCCCUCGUAGGUCGCAGCGAGCCACGGCGCCCACCUCGCUGCCCGCCGCCGCCGCCCUCGCCGCGAGCCCCCGCGCCCGCCUCCCUGCACG